AUGGGGGUGGAUACCUAUAUGCCAGACCCCUUGAUAUCAAGCCACAAAGUCUUCAACCAUCAGAGACUCAACAAAACCACCACAAAAGCGUUUGAGAUCAAAGUAAUCUAUGUUAGGAUCAUCAGCACUGAGUGCAUGGGCUGCAACAUGGAAAUCAAAUUCCCACCAACCAGGGACUCCUCUACCAAGUUUCAAGUGAAUGGCUCUGAAAUAGUACUCCAAAGCAAUGAUGGUUUCUCCAUGACCUUGAACAAGAACAGGGUUGACACUGUGAUGGCCGAGUCCACCUAUGUGAGCACUAACACCAUAGGGUUUUGUGGGUCUCUUCUCUGUUUUGAGAUCAGGGUGAAGGGGUUGUUGUUCCCUGUGCUUGUUGGAGUGGUGAAGAAGAGGGGGAGAAGAAGAGAUGCAGGAUGCAUGUGGGUGAUGGAAUGCAGGGAUGGUGUUGCUCUUGAUCACGGAGGCCUGGUUGAUGUUUCCUUUGCAGGUAGAAGCAAGGGAAAGCCUUUUCUCUUGAAUGGAAUCAUGGACUUGAGCAAGUCUCGUUUGAGUUACAUUCCUGAAUCUGCUGAAACUGGCACUGAUCAUAAUGAUCCCAAGAGGUGGAUGAUAGAUGAUGAUGAUGAUGAUGAUGAUGAAGGGGAGUUAGCUUGGUUGAAUGCAGGGGUGGGAGUGGGCAUGGGAUUUGGUGUAGGUGUGUCUUUCGGACUUGGGAUUGGACUGGGAUUACUUCUCAUGACCAGGACUUACCAGGCUGCAGCUGGACUUUUCAGGAGGUUUUUCUGA